AUGGCAAAGAGGAAGAGCUGGUUCGGAUGGGUGAAAAACCUAUUCAUUUCUGAGUCAAAGGACAAAAACCAAAAGAAAUGGGGGUGGAGAUUAGGAAAAAUUAAACAGAAGCAGUACCCUACAAUUACUGCUUCGAAAAGGACAUUGAUUGAAGCAAAUGCAGAACAGAGAAAGCAUGCUUUAGCUGUGGCUAUUGCAACAGCAUCUGCUGCAGAGGCUGCAAUCGCUGCUGCACAUGUUGCUGCUGAAGUUGUCAAGCUCACAGGCGGUGCCUCUCGUUCGUACUCAUAUCUCUCCGAAGGAAACAGAAGUUUGGCUGCCAUCAAGAUUCAAAGCGUUUAUCGUGCACAUCUAGCUAGGAAAGCAUUAAGAGCAUUGAAGGGAGUUAUAAGACUACAGGCCAUAAUUCGCGGUGAAGCUGUUAGGCAUCAAUUGUCCAGAUCAAAUGCAAAAACUCAGAAGGAAAACCAGUACAGAAGCAGCCAUACUGAAGAAGAAAACUACAAAAAUGGUCAGAUAAAACUGGCUGAAUGCUGUAGUGAAAGAGCAUGGAAUUGUAGCUCACACUCAAGAGAAGACAUUGAAGCUAUAUGGUUAAGAAAGCAAGAGGCUAUUGUCAAAAGAGACCGCAUGAGACAAUACUCAUCUUCACAAAAAGAGAGAACAUUUUCUCAAAGGGUGGAAGAAUUUGGAGGAGAUAGUUGUCGUACUUUAGGAGAGUGGUUACAUGAAGAAUUGAGUUCAAAAGUUUCAGUCCAAAGAAAAUCAUUUUCCCAUGUAAAAAGAAGUUCAAUUGGUGAUGAGAGUUCCAUGCCAAACUCUCAUGUUUUUCCUAAAUACAUGUCUCUAACUGAAUCUAGCAAAGGAAAAGUAAGGUCUAUGAGCACACCAAGAGUAAGAGCAGGAUUUUUGGAUAUGUCUUCCUAUCAGAAUGAGAACCAAUGCAUGAAUUUCUCAAGUCAUCUCAAGGGUCUAUAUGGGGAAAAUUAA